GACGGCACAAUGUGCUACUUUGACCAGUGCCAAACUCCUUUAUGAUACUAAUAUUCUCAGUACAAAAACAUCCUCAUUUCCCCUUUUCUUCCACUUCGUUUCCUCCUUCUUUACCCCCAAACGAAGCACGAACAACCUCUCCCAUUUCUCGUUGCCAGAGCUCUGAAACAGCGACGGGAGACGCGAAAUCAUCUGUGGAAGGGAGGUCGGGAGUUUUUUAGUAUCUUCAAUCGCGCUUCUGCUCCAGAGUCUUGUUCAUAUUCUUAGGUUGCUGACUGGGUCAAAGAGCUGUAUGCCGGUGAUUUUUUUGGUCAGUUCUCCAAAGAAUUGAUGGAGACAAGAUUCAGUACGAGGCAGGUUGAUGAUUUGGGGCUUUUAGCUAGUUUAUGUUGAUAAGAUUAUGGGGAGAGCAAUCUCAGCGUUCUUCUGGUUGAUUUUGGUCUCGGAUUUGGUUUUAAGGAUCGCUGGGAAUGCAGAAGGUAUGUUCUCUUUUCUCUUUUUGCCCUUUUUCUUUUGCUGGAUUUAUAUUUUUCCUUUUUCUUUUUUGGCUUCUAUGUAUGACCCGAUUGAUUGUAUUGACUUUCGAAUUCGAACGAGAUUCUUAUUUGCUCUUUUUAUUAUUUAGAUUAAAAUUGAGAGUUUGAAGGUAUAUAUUACAAAUUGACAAUUAUUAGUAAGUUUUGGGCUUGCCCAACAAAGGGUUUCUUCCUUUUUGUUGGCUUAAAAGAGUUGACUUUACUUCAAUUGUCACUUGUGAGAUUUUAGUGCUGCAUGUGAUAUAUAUUAGCUGUAGAUACAUGCUAUUGACUUGGCUUAUUGUUCGAUUAAAUAGUUUGUUGACUACAUCAAUUGACUUAAAUUUGGGAAAAUUGCAGGUCUAUCUGGUUCGUUUUAGGAAAAUUUGGAAAAUUACCUGUCUUGAGGGUCUUUUAAGUGCGGUUCUAAAUGAUCCUUA